CGCCGUUCGAGCCCGGCGGCUAUUCCCACUUCGCCAGUGGCCCGGUGCCAUGCCACGCCACACACGCCACUACCCAUGGAGGUCGCCACACCCACGAAACCCAGCAAGAAAGUUUCUUCCGAGCCCGCCGUCCUCUAUGACGGCGCCAAGGUCAAGGCCAAGUCCAAGGCCGUCGUCCACACCGACGCCGAGGACGGGCAUGCCGGCGAUGCGGCGAGUCCUGCUCCUGCCCACCGGACCCGGCUUCUGCGGUGCGCGUGCUGCGGUCUGGCCGCGGUCGCCGCGUUGGCCGCCGUCGUGAUCCUGGUCCUGUCGCUCACCGUGCUGAGGGUUCGGGACCCCGACCUGACCAUGGACUCCGUCACCGUGGAUCGCUUCCACGUGGGGUUCGCCGCCGUGCCCGACGGCCGCCCGCCGCUGCGGAUCAACGCCACGCUGGCCGCGUGGAUCAUGAUCCGGAACCCCAACUACGCGUCCAUGUGGUUCGGCGCCAGCACGACGGAGAUUUUCCUCGACGGCGUGCCGGGCCGCGUGGGCCUCGGGAGCGCGCCGCCCGGGGAGGCGUCGGCGCGGGGCGCCAGCCGGGUCCGCGGCGGCAUGGACGUGUUCGUCGACAGGGUCGCACCGGCCGUGGUGGGGGAGGUGCUGUUCGGCCGCGGCGAGGUGCGGCUCACGAGCCGCACGGCCAUGGACGGCAGGGUCAGCGUGCUUGGCGGGAUCUACGGACGGCGCACGGUGCGCGUUACCAUGCGGUGCCAUGUCGUGCUGCAUGUGUCCGCCGUGGUCGUCGUCGCCGGCUCUCCUUCAUGCGUCGCGGAGUUCGGUCGCUGAUGUAGUCCAGAUGCGUGGGGAUGCGAUAAUGUGCCGUUGCGCUGCUCGUACUAGCGGUUUCUCUUCUGUCGUUCAAUCUCUAUACCGCGCGAGACGAAUCUGACACCAUCUUUUUUCUUCUAAUUUGUAUGUUGAACGUUUAUUCUAACUUCGGCGGAGUAAUAUAUGAUCAAAGUCGUAUUAUUUUCCAUCAA